AUGCUUGCUGCUGAGCGCUGUCAGCUUUGCCGUGAGCUCGGCGUUCUCGUGUCCGAGUGCUGCGAGCUUGGCCUGUGCUCGGCGUUUUCGUGCUCGAGCGCUGCCUUGGCCCGGCUCGCCUCGUCGGGCUGCGCGGCGGCGCGAAGGGCAUUUGACGACUGCCUCGCGCCGCUCACGGGCGAAGCAACUGCUAUCGCCCAGGAUGCUACACUGCCCAAGAAGCGCCAGCGCGGCCUAUCGCUUCGGAAAGAGAUCGAGCGCCUCCGUGCCAAGCGUGAUGACCUUGAGGCGCAGCUGCAAGUGCUCCAGUCCCAGCGCGCUCUCACGCCCACGGCGUCGGCGUGGGCCGCGCGGGCGCAGCGCCAAGCCGUUGCGGCGCAGCACGCAAUGCAUGAACACGCCCGCCUCCAAGAGCUUCUACGCGAACAGCUCCGCCUUGUCGCGACUCUCGAACGCGCGUUUGCCCGGAAGUCAACAGCGUGCAACUUUCCUUGCGUCGCAUCCUGGAAGCUGGCGAAGCUCGGCCCCAGUGGUCGCCGCGAAGACAUGCUGCGGCUAACGCAGCUCCAGUACGACAAGCUCGAGACCGAGUGGAUUCGCCGCGGGUGA